CUCUCUCCCUCUCCCUCUCCCUCUCUCUCUCCCUCUCCCGCUCUUUUCUCUCUCCCUCUCUCCCUCUCGCCGUCGUUCCGGCGUUCCCCACUCUGCUGCUGUCCCUUCUCUGCAGAGCGGAUUAGGCCAGUCAUGGCAGCCCCGAGUUCCAGUGGACUGGAGGUGCUGCUGACCACGCUGCAGGAUGCAGGCGACAUGGAGAGCACACUCAACAUCCUCAACGUGCUGGACGAACUGCUCUCUGCUGGCACUGACAGACGGAUCCACUACAUGAUCUCUAAAGGGGGCAGCGAGGCUCUCCUCAUGGCUCUGGUGAACACGGCACACACCAUCCCACCCAACUACACCUUACUGCUGCCCAUUCUGCACCUGCUGGCCAAGGUUGGACACAGAGACCGCAGGAUUGGUGUGAAGGCGGAGAAGGCGGAGGCGGUGCUGCUGAUGCUGGGGUUGCUCCGUCAGAAUGUGAGGGACUUCAGGAGAGCAGCCGCCUGUCUGUGGGUGAUCCAGGUCUUCUGCGCCUCAGUCUCCACGGCGACGCUGCUGGGGAAGAACAGAGGGCUGGAUGUCGUGUUUCGGCUGAUACCUACGCACACCACCAAACACAUACGCACCGUCAAGGCUGCCAUUGAUGCGCUGGCUGCACUUCUGCGCUCAAAGGUGAACUGCCGGACGGCCGUGUCUAAAGGCUACAUCUCAGGUCUGCUAAAGCUCUUUGAAGACUGGCACAGUAAUGACACAGAGCGUGAGCACCUCCUCAUUCAGAGGGCCCUCCUGCACUGCCUGCACCGGGCCACUAACACCAGCCUGGGUAGGAGCUCCCUGGUGGCCGAGGGCGGUAUUGCACUCCUCUUUCAGACCGCACAGACCUGCAUGUUUACCAGAGGCAUGGAGUCUCUGAUUGAGCCGGCCGUGCAGCUGAUGAGGAAGUGCUGUCCCAAGUGUCCGCUGCCUCUGGCCUCUGACAUGAGCGUCUACCGAUUCCCUCUACCAGCCGGGACCCUCAGCAGCUGUGAGUCCACAGCUGGAACUCAAGGUGAGGGCUUUGAAGACGACAGUGACAGCGAUGUGGAAAAUGAAGAUGCAGAGAACAGAGACUAUGAGGAGGACCUGGAGACAGACCUUGAGUCCCUGCGGCAGCGGCCUGAACCUGACAGACCCCUGGAGCAGCUGGGCCAGUACGUGCGUCUCUGCCCAGAGUUCCACCACGACUUUCAGGAGCUGGACUCGGGCUCGGAGUCAGAGGAGAGUUCUGACGAGGACAGUCUCCUGAACGGGGACAGCGGUGACCGGCGGUUGAGGACAGGGCGAGGCUCCCCGCGGCAGGAACACAGAGUCUCCGUCCAGGCCCCGUCCUCCUGUGCUCCUCGAAAUGGCCACACCUCGUCCAUCUCCAGAGGCGAGGGUCACGGCACACCUGAGGAGGACAAACACAACAUGAAGGCCAAAGACCUCCACAGGCAGUGCCUGAGCUCCCAUGAGGAGGGUCAUCGCAGUAUGGUGGAUCGGCUGCUGGAGAAGUUCGGCUCCUGCAUCCCACACCACGACCCCCGGCUGUACGCUGCCGCCGCCGCCAACACCAGCUCCAUCGCCGGCUACUCCAUCCUGGCCUUCCCAGACUUCUGGGGCCACCUCCCUCCUCCGCGGCCAGAGCCCAUGGCCGUCCGAAGACCCAAUGUCCAGAGAAAGAAAGUGCUGGAAGAUAUCCAACGGUUUCUGUGCCCUGAAGACAUCAUUAAUAAAGUUGUCUUUGACUUGGAGGAUCCUAGUCCCCAGUGUUCCUCUGACCACAAGGACUCGCUGCGUUUCUUCUCGAAGUUCGAGUGUGGUAACCUGCGCAAGGCCGUGCACGUGCGCAGGUAUGAGUACGACCUGAUUCUGAAUGCGGACGCCAACACGUCGCAGCACCACCAGUGGUUCUACUUCGAGGUGAGUGGCAUGGAAGCCAACGUGCCCUAUCGCUUCAACAUCAUCAACGGCGAGAAGACCAACAGCCAGUUCAACUAUGGAAUGCAGCCGGCGCUGUUCUCCGUCCGAGAGGCUCUGGAGGGCCGGCCCUGUUGGUUGCGCACCGGCACUGAGAUCUGCUACUACAGGAAUCAUUUCCAGCCCAGUGGUUGCCAGAAAGACUCUUGUUUGUACACCCUCACUUUCACUGUGACCUUUCGGCAUGAGGAGGACGUCUGCUACCUGGCUUACCACUACCCCUACACAUACUCAGCCCUUCAGGCCCACCUGCAGAUGUUGCAGCGAUCAGUGGAUCCCCGUAAGGUGUUCUUCAGACAGCAGAACCUGUGCAACACUCUGGCAGGAAACUCCUGCCCCCUCGUCACCAUCACUGCCAGCCCCUCGUCCCGCACCUGGAAGAGUCUACACCAGCUCCGUAACCGGCCGUGUGUGGUGCUGACGGCGCGGGUUCACCCGGGGGAGAGCAACGCCAGCUGGGUGAUGAAGGGCAGCCUGGAGUUCCUGUGCAGCAGUGACCCCGUGGCUCAGAGCCUGAGGGAGGCCUUCAUCUUCAAGAUCAUCCCCAUGCUCAACCCAGACGGGGUCAUCAACGGCACUCACCGCUGCUCGCUGAUUGGGGAGGAUUUGAACAGGCAGUGGAAGAAGCCAGACCCGGUCCUCAGCCCCACCAUCUACCACACCAAAGGGUUCCUCUACUACCUCAACAGCAUCGGCAGGACGCCUCUGGUGUUCUGUGAUUACCACGGCCACUCCAGGAAAAAGAACGUCUUCCUGUACGGAUGCAGUAUGAAGGAGACGCUCUGGCAGUCGGGCUCCUCAGUCAACACGGCAACGCUCAAGGAGGACCCAGGAUACAGGACGAUUCCCAAGACUCUGGAUCGCAUCGCGCCGGCGUUCUCCUUCAACAGCUGCAACUACCUGGUGGAGAAGUCCCGAGCGUCCACGGCGCGGGUGGUGGUGUGGAGGGAGAUCGGCGUCCUGCGCAGCUACACCAUGGAGAGCACCUACAACGGCUGCGACCAGGGCAUCUAUCAGGGCUUGCAGCUGGGUACUCGUGAGCUAGAGGAUAUGGGAGGGAAGUUCUGCCAGAGCCUGCUGACGCUCCGCAAGAGCACCAUGCUCUACGACAGCAAAGUCAUCAGCCACAUGGCACUGCUGGACGACAGCCUGAUGGACCACAAGUCACACAACUGUUUUGUUGAUGACGAGCCCCCCUGUGUGGAGGAGAUUGAGUACCAUUCCCACGGCACCUCUGACCCCCCUGGCUAUGACCUGGACUCAGAGGUCAACGCCAACAUGUCCAGUGCGGAGGACGAUGACAAGGACAAGGAUGGCGACAAGCAGACGUCAUGCUGCCAUGGGAACGACCGCAAGUCCCGCCUCUACUCCCACCUGUGCCGCCCAGACUCUCUGGAGUCGCUGUAGGACAGACUGAGCAUGUGCAGUAGUGACUUCUAUGGCGAUGACGGACACCAGUUGUCCAGUUGUGAAUCAAAUCACCCACUACUCCCUUAGAAACCAAACCAAACGAAACAAGAACAAAUGGUGAAUUCUAGAACCUUUAAGGAUUCUGUGUAGGUUCUGUAAGUUUCCUUUAAAGAAGUUGAAAAUUCUCCAUGUGAAAUGUUCUAGUCAAGAUGGAAGGUUUCUUUAGAGCUGACCUGUUCUAUAUCUGAUGUUUAUAAAACCCUCUCUUAUGAGAAUACUAAGUUGAACGUUCAGCAGUUCAUGUAUAAAUAAGCUAUAGAACCUUGUUUUUUUUUUUGUUUUUUUUUUGUCAGAGUGUGUGUGUGUGUGGGGGAGAUUCUUUUACACCAGUUUACACCCAACGUUGAUUCGGCAGAUAUGGUGAUGUUCAGGCAUUAUGACAUAAUGUUGACCCUGUGCUUGCUGGAUGUGUCACUGGAAAUUUGAGUGAUAUAGUGGUUAUAUCAUCAGCAUGGCAAAUACAUUGAACACAAUUAUGAGCCUCUUAGGCGGUCUGAGAUAAGAUCCCCUAAGUCAGUUGCUGAAAACUAAAAUGUUGUCUACUAAAUAUCUUGUCUUAGAUACAGUUUGAUAACCUAUACAUAAACACUAUGCAAACAUUAUACAUUGUGGUUAUUUAUUGGUACAUGCAUCUAUAACAAAAUGUAACUUAACUUAAAAGUAAAUGUGCAAAAUGAAUCAUACUAUUGCACAGGUCGUCAAACAUAGCACUGGAUAUCAUAACCAUACCAUGCCAUGUCAUAAUGUGUAGCAUUGUAUGGAAUUGUGUUUACAAUUUAUAAGCUGCAUAACCUGUAGUUGUAAAUGAACAAGCGACAUUUUAAACAACACUUUUUUGUAAUGGAUUUUGUUAAAGAGCUAAAAACAAAAAAAGAUGUUCUUUUGCGUUCACAGUGAGCAGUUGAUGAAAACUAUAGCACUUAACUUUUCUCCUGAAGUGGUAGAUCCAGUCAUUACACUGUAUUGUAUACAACGCCUAUUACACUACACAUUACACUACUGCAGUGGCAUUACGGCACCAUUGCCCAAAUAGGACCAUUUGGAACAAACACACAUAUCCAAAAGAAUGUUAAAUUCAGUUCAUUUCAUGACAUUAUCUCUGUAACAGUUUGUAGCUCAAAGCUGUCCAUUUCAAUGGAGGUAAAAGCUCCACUCUACCAUGGAACCAAUGCCCUUGAUUGUUCAGAUGUGAGUUAUGUUUCCUCAAGUGUCCUGUCCUGGACAUGGGCAGAAGCCUUCCAAGGAAAAGAAAACUGUUGUCCCUAAAAAAAAAAGGUCAUUUUUGCACAGCAAUAAA